UGCUGGCGCGGCUGUUGUGUGACGGUACAGGCUGUGGUGGAGUGGACGUCUGACUCCUAAUUCUGCUCAGUUCAGGCAGAGAAUGAGUGAUAACGAUAACGAUAACGAUGACAUCGACGUGGACAGCGAUGAAGAGUCGUCGAGAUUUCUCCCAGCGACAGACAAGCGAGCACACCACAAUGCACUGGAGCGCAAACGCAGGGACCAUAUCAAAGACAGCUUUCACGGUUUACGAGACUCUGUGCCUGCUCUACAAGGAGAGAAGGCGUCUCGAGCUCAUAUUUUAGACAAAGCUACAGAGUAUAUUCAGUUCAUGAGGCGUAAGAACCACACACACCAGCAGGACAUUGACGACCUAAAGAAACAGAACACUUUACUGGAGCAGCAAGUCCGUGCUCUGGAGAAAGCUAAGGGGAACACACAGCUUCAGGCCAGCUACUCGUCGGACAGCAGCUUGUUUACCAACCCUAAAGGCAGCGCCGUAUCGGCCUUUGAUGGUGGCUCUGAUUCCAGCUCCGAAUCGGAACCGGAGGACCCACCUCCCAAGAAGAAGCUAUGUGUGGAGCCCAGCUAGACUCUCUUCUCCAUACAUCCCCUAUUAUCUCCCCCUUCCACCACCUGUUCUUCCUCUUUUGUUUUCUCUCUUGUGUGUGCUCAGAAACCUGAAGGAGAGUCAGAGAAAGGCGUUUAACCUUUCACCUGGCACCACUGAUGCAACUCUGCAAGUGGAUCUAAAGCCCAGCCUAAUUUUUCUUUGUGGCAUGGCAGCUUAAGUCUGCAAUAUGUUUUAGAAUCUCCUAAGUAGUCAUGCAACGAAUAGCAGCAAAGCCCAUAUUGUUCCUCAGAUGAAAUAUGAAAUGUGGUCAGUCAUCAAGUAGUUUACCUUUGUAAUAUUUGUACUUUUCCACAAACAAAUAUGAUGGUGCUUUUUAACUUCAAGGAAAUAUGGCUGUGAUCCACGUUGCUGGUAUGGAAGACUAAUUUCCCCCUUAUUUUGUUUUUGCAAAAUCUGUAGAAUUUGUUUAUUUAAUGUAAAUGUUGAGGCUGUAUUUUCUUAAUGUGGUUGUUGUUUUGCCUGAGAUUAUAAGUGGAACUAGAUGGCCUCAAUUCCUGUGUAUACUCUCUUAUUGCAUCUUGGAUUUUUUAUCUCAACCAAAAGUGGACAAACUUUGAUACGGCUAAUAUUCCCUACAGGAAUCUGAAUGUUAUACAGUGCAGUUUUAAGCAGUUCAAUAUUUUUGAUUACAGGUAAGUAUGUCCAUUUCGAUGUUUAUUUAGUCCUUAGCACUGUAUAUUCUUAAAAUAUUUGUCUUAAUAUUAUAACCUAAAUUGCAACUCUGCCUGCCUAGGGAAAGUGUUUCAAUUUCAGUUGAAGUGUGUAUGAAAUAGUGCUUUUAUUUCAUUCCGUGGAAAUUACAGGUAUGUUGUACAUACUGCCAACAGUUGUCUUGCAAGUUAAGGGUGUACCUUUACUAUAAGACUUCAAAUAAAACUAUUUUAUCCUUA